GUCACUUUUCCACGUUCAAGCAAUCUCCAAAAUCGUCGCGUCACCAAACCUUCUGUCAACAUCACACACAAAACAACGCAGCUCCCACAACUCUCAAAGCUCCGAUUCUCAAGAACAGACUGACCCAGAACCACCUGGCUCAGUCAAACUACGCAACCCGAGUUCUCCGCACCCAAUUAUAUGCAACCAGAGCCAAUCGCAUCUUCAACAUAUACACCCGAACUGAACGCCUCCCAGUCCUCUUCCACCCCCCAAUAUGGCAUUCAUGAUCUCCCCCAGCCUUCCGCAGUCCUACGUGACUCGCAAGAGCAGCAUGGCAACGAGUCUGCAACGAGCCAACAGCCUGCAGAUGUCGUCGAGUCUGCUGGGCUCGUGGAGCAGCUGCAGGAGCUGCGAGGAUUGAACAUUCAAGAUGAGAAUGGAAAAAGACCCAAAGCAUCUUUCCAAGUGAUAUCGGAAUAUGAGAAUGCCUUGUCGCCCUCACCGGCUAGGAAAUCGAGCGAGGGUCUUGGUUUCAAGAUUAUCAAGAAGAAAGGCUAUCGACUUGACGGUCCUCAGCUUGAGAAUUUCCCAAAUGAGGUCCUCACGCAUAUCCUAUCCCAUCUGCCAGCAGCAUCCCUCUCCGCCGUAUCCACCGUCUCCCGCCGCUUCUACAGCCUCGUCACCACACCCCACGCCUGGCGCACCGCUUUUUCACGAUUUUUCCCAGGCCAAGAUGCAAUCGAGGUGCCAGUCGCUACAAACCGUCGCGGUCCAGAUCUUGAGGCUAGAGAACAGCUUCGAUCGGAAACGCGUCUGUUCACACGAUUGACGGCUCUCGCAUCCUGGCGUAGCGAAUACAUUCUCCGUACACGACUUCUGCGAAGUCUCGGCCGCGGAAAGCCGGCCCAGAUUGCUCCAGGUCAUGGUGCUUCUUCGAGGUCGAAUAGUGCGGCGAAUAAUGCGAAUGCGGUAGUGACGUACGGUUCGCAGUUAUUUGCUACGGUCAAUCAUAUUCAUGCUGUCUUUGGAAGCGGCAAGAAAUCACCGAGGUUCAUUCAUGGAACGGACGAGACUGGCACGGCUUGUACCAGUGAUCCAAACAUUGGCAAGAUUGACAACUGGGGUCUCUCUGAUCCUCAAGCUCUCCCACAAUUCUCGGAGCUCUUUGUCGGUGAUCAGCCGUAUGGAGAAGGCGAUGGACCAGCAGGACUGCCAAAUACCAUGGAUGUCAGCCAGCCUUAUGGCAUGAUCUAUGGUGAAGGGUUUCCUGGAGGUCAAGCAUACUUUCGUUCUUCGGAGGAGAUGCGUGGUCGAUUCCUGAGUCAGCCGAGCGAUAUCACAGUGCCGGAAUCUGGUAUUCCAAAAGUUCCAGGGCUCAUCGAGGCAAUCUCUGCGGUCUGGAUUGCCAAGUCCACAUUCGUUCCUCUCAUGACAGAUGGACUGGUUGGGAUCUUGACUGGCUCAACUCUUGGUGUCGUUACUGCCUAUUCUCUCGGUGCUGAUACUACUUCUGGACGUCGUAUCACCAAGGGUCAAAUGACCGCGAAAUGGGUUCUCAGCCCUGGCGUUCCCAUCAUCUCAAUCAAGGUUGACGACUCGUACAAUGUUAAGCGUAAAGCUUCUGGUCGUGUUUGGGCUGUUGCUUUGAAUGCUCUUGGUGAGGUGUACUACCUUACCGAGACGCCAUCAUCUGCUUUGCUCGAUGCCAAGGUUGAAGACAACGAUGCUGGUCGACAUGCUUGGGUCACAGGGCGAACAGCGUAUUGGAAUCUUGCUGAGCCUUCUCGACGUGUUGCCCGUGAGGAUCCGUAUCACGAAGCUGAAAUUCAUGGCUCUUACUCGCCAAGAUCAUCAUCGAGGCAUCAACGGCUGUCAAGGGCACAAAUCAUUGCUGAAACGCUUGAGAUUGAGAAGUUCCUCGGCUAUCGCCCAUUGCACUUCCGCAAGCUAUGCGAGGGUUGGGAUAUGCGUCGCAGACUGGAGGUAGACUUUGCUGGUGAUGAUGGGAAUGGGGCCGGUGAAGCACUACUCGUUAUCAACUGUGGCAUUGUCCAAGGCGAAGCUGCCGAGAUUCGUCGGUAUACAAGAUGGAAAUCCGAACAGGCUUCUCUAGAAGAAUACCCUUUGCCCAAGACGCCUCCAAUGGCUCCGAGAACUACCACAAUGGCUUCACUGUUUGGUGGAGGUACGGUCAUCAGUCCUCCUCGAACCUCAUCACCAGAUCGAUCCCAGAGAGCAUCAAUCUUUGGUGGAAGUACGACCAUCACGCCUGCUAGGAUGUCAUCGCCCGAGCCAAACACUCCUGGCAGUCCAAUCAGAGCAUCGAAUGCACUUGUCGAAGAAUGGCGGUCUUCCAUUUUAUCACUGAAGAACCACCCAAGCAUCGAAAUUACUACUACUGCCAUCGACAUGUCUACAUAUGCCUUGUUAACUGUUGACGAAGAUCCUUUGAGAACAGUCAAUGGUACGUCGAACUUCUCGUCUCCGUUCGCUACUCCUUCAGACCUCGACACUUCGUCUUCAACCCAUAUUCCCGGUCAUAGAGCUCGCUUCUUGGCUGUUGGGACAAAGACUGGCAGUGUUAUUCUGUGGAACAUGCGGGGUCCGCAAUCUACCAAUCCAUCGAUUGUCAACGAACUUCACCCACUACGUACAAUCUACACGGACUCUCCUGAGAUCUCGUGCCUUGCAGUCUCAGCUCUGUACCUUGUUCAUGGUGGCAAUGACGGCCUUGUUCAGACAUGGGAUCCAUUGGCAUCCACAUUGCAACCUAUCCGAACCUUGAACUCCCGGUUCUCAUCUCGUGCUCGUCGUCGUUUGGUUCAAGCUCAAGCUUCAAUCUUCGGAGUUGGUAUCAAUCUUUAUGCUGCUGGUGCUAUUGCUAUUGAUCCUGAUCCAACCGUACUUCGCGGCAUGGUCUCUCUGGGAACUCAUCUCAGGUACUGGUCAUACAGCUCAUCUGCCGCUGAUCAGUACCAAAGUAAGAAGCGUCGCGUGCGUCGUGGCGAACGGGGAAGCAAUGGUGCAUCCGAUCGCUUUACCAACACUGGUCGAGGUGCACUCAUGGAUUACAUCGCAACUGAGCAAGACGAACUCAAGAAAGAGAAGCUUCGCAGAUCGCGCGAAGAUGCCAGACUCCAGAACCGCUUCGGUGUUGGGCUCGGCGGUCUCUCUGAAGAAGAAGCCAUCCGCUACGCAGAAAUGGUCUCAGCUGAAGCCUUCCAAAAAGAGGAAGAGGAGCGCCGCUCAAGCGAUACAGGCUAUCUAGGUGACGUUAACGAGAGUUCUACCUCUCAAUCAGCCUGGUUCAGCAGCGCAACCGUCACACCAGCUUCAUCACCACCGAAAUACAAGCCAGACUCAGAUUUUGAAUCGGAUCUCGAAGAAGCCAUUCGUCUCUCCCUCCUUGAUGGUGUCGAUGAAGGUGGACGAUCUCCUAAAGCGUCAGGUGCAGGCGAGUACGAUAUUCCGAUCACGUAUAAACAGUCCGGCAAGAAGUCCAAGCGUUCCCCUUCCGUUUCGCCUUCUACUUCUAGGAAUCGGAAGGGAAAUGGAAAUGGAAAGGGGAAAGGGAAGGGAGAGGGCAGUCGUAAGACAGAGGUCGCAGCUGACGAUUUGGAUUACGCUCUACAGUUGAGUCUUGCUGAAGAACGAAGCCGCUUGGAUGCUAUUGCCGCUCCUGACGGGGCUGAGGAUGGUAGUUUGAGGGAUGAGUUUCCGGUUCUCGAAGCGUCGGAGGUGCCUGGGAAGGGGAAGGGGAGAGCAUUCUGAGUUUGAUGGGUGAGCGGAUGUCGCUUGUGUCUGCGGGAUAUGAUCGCCAUUGUUUGGAGGUCGAGGGUCUUGCUCUGUUGUUUUUCCUGCUUGCUGGCUUCACUUCCACUGUUUUCCUUCUUCGCCCUUAAUAGUGCGCUGGGGCUCAAUAAAUCAGGUAGCUUUACUUUCUCUUCGGCAGGUACUUGUCUGUUGUUAGUAGUAGC